AGUAACUACAAUUAUAAUCAUAAUACUAUCGAUAAUCAUAAUACUGUUUAUGACACUGCUUACGACCAUGAUUAUAAUACUAUUUAUAACUCUGAGAGUACUGAUAAGAAUAAUAAUAGUGAUACUACUAAGGAAGUUCAAAUGCAGAGUUCACAAGAUGGUGCAAAAGCUGGAACUACAAUUAUUAAUAAUUAUUAUAUUAAUGCAGAUCAU